AACAAUCGCUCACUCUUUGGACUAAAGGAUAAACCAAUGGUUUUGCAGCCAAAGAGACAAUCACUGUGUCGUCGAUGAGAGGCAUGUCUUAAGUGUUUAUACCAUAUGUUUGGCUGACGUUUGCAAAUGUCUCCCAAAGAUCUGAGUGAAGAUAACGUCGACCACAACACCGCUCAACACACACCACAACAAUCGGGUGACUCGUCCUCCAGACAAUCCAUCGAUAAUAUCGUCGAUUCGAUCGCUUUUGGACACCAAUCGGACCAAAGAUCUACCGCUGGAAGUGAUCAACAAACGCAAGACAGCCGUCGUUUCAUGAAAAAUCAAAUCUUCGGCUUUGAUAUGCCUUUCGAUAUAAUCAGCGCUGCCUUUGCCUCGACUGUCGCCGUCGGCGGACUCAUCGGAUACCUGAAGGCCAAGAGCACAUAUUCAUUGAUGGCGGGCCUCGUCUUCGGCGGUAUUCUGGGAUUCGGCGCAUACCAGACAUCAGUGAAUCCACGCAACUAUUACCUGACAUUAGGCACAUCGGCCGCGUUGGGAGGUCUCAUGGGCUACCGGGCCAUCAAUUCAGGCAAGUUCAUGCCCGCCGGACUCAUCGCUUCCCUCAGCGCCCUUAUGGUCGUCCGCUUUACUGUCCGCUACUUCGCCGACACUAAUUAUAUUAGAAAAUGAUUGGUUCCCUACUUUCAGACACUUAUUUUUUGUGACAUUUAUUUGACUUUAAUUCUCUCUUAUAAUACUUAUUGUGCGAAUCAAUCCUUUUCUCUUUUAUUCAAUACAAUAAUCAUUUGAUACAACAAUUUAUACUUCAAUUACAAUAAACUUAGUUAUAUUUACUUUCCAUAUA